AUGCCUUUCAUUUACCCUAUUCUCUGCAGAGUCAUUCUGAGGAAAGGCAAGUCUGUCCGCCAGGCUAUGGAAGAGCAGGGUGUAUUGGAGGAGUUCUUAAAGAACUACCCAAAGGGUGACCCAGCUGCCAAGUAUCAUUUUGGUAAUGAUGCUGUUGCUUAUGAGCCCAUCACCAACUACAUGGAGUCUUUCUACUUUGGGGAGAUCAGCAUUGGGACACCACCUCAGAAUUUCCUAGUCCUCUUUGACACGGGCUCCUCCAACCUGUGGGUGCCUUCCACCUACUGCCAGAGCCAGGCCUGCUCCAAUCACAACAGGUUCAACCCCAGCCUGUCCUCUACCUUCAGUAACAAUGGACAAACCUAUACACUGUCCUAUGGGAGUGGCAGCCUGACCGUGGUCAUGGGAUAUGACACUGUGACCAUUCAGAACAUUGUCGUCAAUAAUCAGGAGUUUGGCCUGAGUGAGAAUGAGCCCACUGUCCCCUUCUACUAUUCGGCUUUUGAUGGGAUCCUGGGAAUGGCCUACCCAGCCAUCUCGGUGGGGAAUGCCCCGACAGUCACGCAGGAUAUGCUUCAGCAGGACCAGCUCACUCAGCCCAUCUUCAGCUUCUAUUUCUCUCGCCAACCAACCACUCAGUAUGGUGGAGAGCUCAUCCUGGGAGGUGUGGACCCCCAACUUUAUUCCGGUGAGAUCGUCUGGACCCCUGUCACCCAGGAAAUGUACUGGCAGAUUGCCAUCCAGGAGUUUUCCAUUGGCAACGAGGCCACUGGCUUGUGUUCCGAGGGCUGUCAGGCCAUCGUGGAUACUGGCACCUCCCUGUUGACUGUUCCCCAGCAGUACAUUAGCUCCUUCGUGGAGGCAACAGGAGCCCAGCAGGCUGAGAAUGGCGAUUUUGUGGUGAGCUGCAGCAACGUGCAGAGCAUGCCCACCAUCGCCUUCACCAUCGGCGGCGCCCAGCUCCCUCUGCCUCCCUCCUCCUACGUCCUCAAUAACAACGGCUACUGUACGCUCGGGAUUGAGGUCACAUACCUGCCCUCCCAAAGCGGGGAGCCCCUGUGGAUUCUGGGAGACGUCUUCCUCAGGGAAUAUUACUCUGUCUUUGACAUGGCCAACAACAUGGUGGGCUUUGCCCUCUCUGCUUAG